UGACCCGGAUAUGCAUGCGGCGCUGUGUUGUGCAGUUUUCCGGAUGAGGAAGUAAGCUACGACAGGGCUGGGUUCCGUCAGAGAGUCGAAGCCGAACCGAGUCCACACCGAGCUGAAAUAACACCCGAAACCUCCGCAGAACCGCCAGCACCGCAGACAUGAAUGACCAGCAGUUGGACUGUGCUCUGGACCUCAUGAGGCGUUUGCCUCCACAACAGAUCGAGAAGAACCUCAGUGACCUCAUCGACCUGGUGCCCGGUCUGUGUGAGGAUCUGUUGUCGUCGGUGGAUCAGCCUCUGAAGAUCGCUCGUGAUAAAGUGGUGGGAAAAGACUAUCUGCUGUGUGAUUAUAACCGCGAUGGCGACUCCUACAGAUCUCCCUGGAGUAAUAAAUACGAGCCGCCGAUAGACGAUGGUGCCAUGCCGUCUGCUCGCCUGCGUAAGCUGGAGGUGGAAGCCAACAACGCCUUCGACCAGUACCGAGAUCUGUAUUUUGAGGGCGGGGUUUCCUCCGUGUAUCUAUGGGAUCUGGAUCACGGCUUCGCUGGAGUCAUCCUCAUUAAGAAAGCAGGUGACGGAUCCAAGAAGAUCAAAGGAUGCUGGGACUCCAUCCAUGUGGUGGAGGUGCAGGAGAAAUCCAGCGGCCGUACGGCUCAUUAUAAACUCACAUCCACCGUCAUGCUGUGGCUGCAGACCACCAAAACCGGCUCUGGAACCAUGAACCUGGGCGGCAGUCUCACCAGACAGAUGGAGAAGGAUGAGACGGUUGGUGAAUCUUCCCCUCACAUCGCUAACAUCGGCCGUCUGGUGGAGGACAUGGAAAAUAAGAUUCGAUCCACUCUGAAUGAGAUUUACUUCGGCAAGACCAAGGACAUUGUCAACGGACUGAGAUCUAUCGAGUCUCUUCCUGACAAUCAAAAGUAUCGUCAGCUGCAGCGCGAGCUCUCUCAGGUUCUGACCCAGCGUCAGAUCUACAUUGACUAGGGUCAGAGGUCAAAGGAGCGUUCAGACGCUGGCGGAUAAAUCGAAGCAGGAUGCCCUGAAGAACGACCUGAUGAUUGCGCUUAGCCAACGCAAACAGCAAAGCUAGAGACCACACCUACCCGUCUCACUCUCUGUCUGUCCGUCUCACUCACAGCUGUCUGUCUGUCCAUCAAAGGAGAAAAGGCGACACUUUUUGUUUUUGUAAGUUUCACUGCACCUGUCUGUCUCUCGGGUCUGUAAUCAUGUAGUAUUAAGACAGAGCUGGCUUGUUUCUGUCUGACUGGCUCUGUGACAUCACCGUGGGGGCGGAGCUUCUCCACAGCCACCAGAAUAUGAGAACAAGCAGUUUCACCCUUUCACAUAUACGUGUCAGAAAUACACAAAGAGAGGCGGAGGACAUUUAAAUAUAUAAAUAUAUACAUGUAUUAUGACCAUUAAUAUUAUUCUUGCUGUUAAUAUUAAACUCUGUUUGAGUCAACGCAGGUGUGUGUGUGUGUGUGUGUGUGUGUGUGUGU